AUGAGGGAAGCAGCGUGGCAAAAUCGAAUCGACGAGUUGGAACAGCUUUUAAGAGAAGCGGAAGAGAAAGUGAACGAACGAGAUGCAAUUUUUUUAGAAGGAGUACCCACGACGACGACGACGACGACGACGAGAAAGGAGGAGAGGAAAAGAGCGCAAGAAAGUGGGCGUUAUAGAAGCAGCAAUAGGAGUAGCAGCAGUAGUAUUAGUAGUAGUAACGAUGGUAAAAACAACAACAACAGACUAACGGCCGAAGGUCGGCGAAAACUCACCACGUUUGCAGCUAAGUUGAGCGAGUUGUCCUCUGCAUCAUCAACAACAGCAACAGCAAGUGGCGAAGAUGUUACGACCGCGAUGGUAAUAAGAAGCAGAAGUGCGACGAUUGAGCAGUUGCGAGUGCGUGGCGAAGCUACGUUACUCAAGUUAAAAGCUACGCCAGGUUCAAUUGCGCGAGCGGCGACGACGACAACGACGAUAAAGAGCAGAGCGUCCGUUUUACAGCCGAACGAAGAGGAAGAAGAAGAAGCGACGACGCUCUUGCAGUUUCAGCACCAAUUGUUGCGAGAACAGGACGAAGAGUUGACGGAUUUGUCUAACCACGUCACGAGAACGAAACAUAUAGCCAUAGCAGUCGGUGAGGAGUUAGAUUUACACACGCGCUUAUUGGAUGACUUUGACGACGACGUCGAACACACGGCUGGAAAUUUAAAGAGAAUAGCAUCCUCGGCGCGACGAUUGUUUGAACGCAUCGGUAAGAGCAACUUCUCGCUCGGGUGUUGUUUAGCCGCGCUCGUUUUCAUGCUAAUCGUUCUCAUCGCGUUGUCCAUCUUGAAAGUCGAAGGCAAAUUUCAUCCAAUAUUUACUUAG